AUGAGUGCUACAUUUAAGUUUAUAACAGUGAUAGUUCUGACGCUGAUCAAAUCGUCGCUGCAACAGAGUGACUAUUGCAGCAAUACGCUGUGUCCGUGGUCCGGACCGAACAUCGCUUGCAAUGGCUUAAGGACACUAUCCCCCCGUUGUGGGCCGGAAGCCGUAGAGAUCCCGAUGAACUCCAGCUAUCGGCAUCUGAUCGUAGAUUUGCACAAUCGGUAUCGCAGCAAAAUUGCACGAGGGAAAUUGUUAGGGCAGAAUCAGAUCUUUCCAACGGCAGCUCGCAUGGCAACAAUGCAAUGGGAUGAUGAGCUGGCAGCGAUUGCAUCGGCAAAUACAAGAAGAUGUGUGUAUGGUCACGAUAAGUGUCGUAAUUCGUUCCGAUAUCAUGCAUCUGGCCAGAACAUUGCUAUACGAUAUUACUAUGGACAGACGUUUGAAAAUGAUGAUUUGAUGCAACAGUUCAUUACGAGCUGGUUUUCGGAAUAUUCUGAUACUAGGGUCGAGUUCAUUGGACAAUAUCCGGACAAUUAUGUAGGUCCCAAAAUAGGACACUUCACCCAGAUUGUGUCCGAUCGGGCCAUAUCCGUAGGAUGCUCCAUGGUUCGUUGGAUCUCGGAGCCAUGGAUAAACAGUUACUUCGUUUGUAACUAUGCCAUCACCAACAUCAUCGGUUAUCCAGUGUAUCGUGCAGGACCCACGUGUUCUGGCUGCCAAGCCGGAUGCAGCUUGCAGUACCCAGGACUAUGCAAUAUUGGUGAAAAUAUAAAUCCUAAUCCUUGGUAG